UUCACACUUGGCACUUUUUGUCUCCCCCCUCCCUCUAAUCGGAGCAUCUUCAGAAGCUCAAAAAAGCUUAGUAGGAAGUAUUAGUUAUCGCAGAUAACAGUAUGGAUCUAUUUCCAAAAUUUUGCACAUCGGAAGUGUUUUUUUCAUUUCACCAGUCUAACAGCGGAGCUUGUGUUGUUUGGAAAAUCAAAGACUUUUCAACCUUGAAAGAAGAACCGAAAUUUUACCCUUCUCCUGAAUUUAAAUUCCGGGACGUCAAAUGGAAGCUGAAACUUUAUCCAUUCGGAAAUACUGAAGAAAAUUCAGGAUAUGUUGGUUUAUUUUUGAAACCUCUCUCAUAUUUUCCGUCGAAACUGAAUUACGAAUUCAUCAUUAAAAACGAAUUUGGAAAGGAUUAUGGUCCUGGAUGGCGAACAAGGGAUUUCUCAGAUUGUACAGCUUAUGGACACAGCAGACUAUUUAAGAGACAAGAUAUUUUAGGCGGAAAAUAUGCAAAUUUGUUUCCGAAUGACACUUUAACCGUGUGCUGUAAAAUGAUGAUGGUCGAAAAUAUGGAAACUGAAACUACAACUUUUACAGGUGCAGAAAAAAGUUUCCCUAAAAGUGCCCUUCUGAACUGUGAAAUGGAUUCCUCCCUAAGCAAGUUUCGUGAACCACUGGAGAGCGGCAACUUAUCUGACGUUUUGAUCCGUGUGGGCGAAGAGACAAUCGCAGCACACAAACUGAUCCUGUCCACCAACUCCGAAGUUUUCCAAGCCAUGUUUGAGAGCGACAUGAAAGAGAGCCAAGAUAAUACUGUCAACUUGGUCGACAUGGAUUUGACCGUGGCAAAGGCGAUGUUGCUCUGGAUGUACACGAGAAAAGUAGAACAACUCUCCACUGGAAUGUCUCUCCAGUUGUACAUUGCUGCCGACAGGUACAUGCUGUCUGAACUGAAAGAGAAGUGCCGCGAAUUUGUAUCAAAAAACUUGUCUUCUAAAAAUGUCGGUGAGGUCUUUGAAAUUUCCAAAUUGCAUUCAGAUACUAUACUGGAGAAAGCAGUUAAAAAAUUUUUCGCUGGUGAUGUUAAGAAUGUUCUCAAGUCUGAGGAAUGGAAAGAGUUUUCUGUUCAGAAGCCAAUUUUAUCGGUAGAAUUACUGACCCAUGCCAUCACAAGCAAUGAGUUUGUUUUUUGAGCUGACUAUAAUUAUUUCCUGUGCUAAAGCUCUGUACUUUUCAUACUUUUGAAACAAAUUUAAUUGUUAUUGCUUAGUUAAUUAAAU